AUGAGUGAGACAGUUAUUGCGGUUCUAUUGGCUACGUCCUCUGCGAAAGGUUCUAGCUUGGUAUUCUGCUGGCCACCAGCCCCAGAGUCCUCUCCGAGGCUGUCUCGUCCUAUACCGAACCACGACAUCACAUGCGCAUACGGAGACAAUCCCUGGCGCGCAGCUAACGCUUCGGAAAGCCUUGGAGAAGAUGCGAAAGUCUGUCCAGAUUCCGGGGACGAUGAAGGGUACAUCUGGAAAAGACCCAGUGUGGUCCGUCGCAGAUCGGAUUCCAUCUCACACUCACGCUCUCAUCCAACGUCAAGGCGGUCAUCGCCCUCGGACGAUAGCACUGACUCCUUUGGUCUGGAGAUCAGCCCCGGGUCAGCAAGGGAUGAUGAAUAUGACGUUGUGCUGGGCUAUUCGGGCGAGUUUCUUGCCGGCAUGUUAUGUCCGCAAAGCUCGAUGUGCCACCAGAAGUUCGGCCUUGUCGUGGAUGACCUCGCAUUCAUUGGCCAUCCCGUCUGCGCGGAGCCAGAUGGGACGUGGCGCUUUACGGGAGCAAGGCCGAAAGUCGUUCCUCGCGGCAGAGGUUCCAAGAAAGGCGAAACACCACAGCAAACGGAAAAGUCUUUGACUCCGGAUAGAAGUGAAUGGGCUAAACGACCGGUAUCAAGCUCGUCAUGGCUACAAACGUUCCAUUUCGUCCUCGUUUUAGACCGUCCUGAUCCGUAUUCUUCUACCUCUGGCACCGUUUGGAAAUACUUCAACACCAUCUAUGAACAUAUAGCAUUCACUUUCACAGCUGUUCUUUAUCAGGAACAGGUUCUGCAUAACUUCGUUGAGCGUGAAUGUGAUGCUCUAGGCUCCUUGAAGGACGACUACAUGAGACGAGCAGGAGAGCCCUUCAAUAACUACACGUCGGAAGCCCUUUUGGCAUCCUCUGUGGCAUCCGCGAUGAAGGCAGUCUACGAAGCUAUCAAGAGUGGCUCGCUUGCUAGGAUAACGAUACAGGACCUGACUUUGGAGGUGCAGCUCCCCCUCCAUCUUGAUUCCCUGCUGCAUCCUGAAGAUGACGUGGAUGCGGAUAUCUAUGAUCAAGGAGGUGGAUUCGAUCUGCCGAAUGAGUGGGGAGAUGUAACGAAGAGACCCCCUACGUUGGCACCAUGGAAGAGUCUGCUACGGUUGGACAACGAGAACGAGGACGAACGUGGCUAUGAUCUAAACAUGCGACUUCGUUCACCAGAUUUAGCCCCAGAAGACAGAGAGCUUGCGGAACAACUCAUCAAGUUUUUGGAUCUCGCAUCAGUGACAUUGUCUCUUGCCGACAUGGGCAGCCUUCUCGAUUGGGACCUAGAGAGUCAGGUAUAUCCCACGGUCCGCUGGCUAGUGAACCAUAGACGCGCGAAAGUAGUCGAUAUUGUUCAUCCCGGGUUGAAGACCAUCUUCUCUGUGCCUCAGAAGUUUCCUGCGCCGCUACCUAGAUUAUCAGCAGAAUUUGACCGUGCAUUCUCCGACCUUGCGAUACAGCCGCUCCCCAAGAUUCUUUCCAUGGUGUCCAUAGCCACCCAUCGGCAGAGCGCGAACCACUUCUACGCCACCGUGGUUCGCUCGAAGGAACUCAUACCGCUGUAUCAAGAGGUCGUGAUAUGGAUGCUCAAGCGGGACCUGCUCAUCACUCUGCAUCUCCGCAUCCGUAUUGUUGCAACUGAGGAGCUCAAGGAUAGAGUGCGCAUGAAGUUCGAAAUGGCCCGCGCAAAACGAGAGUACAUACAUGGACGCUCGAUGAGCUUAGAGCGGGGGAAAGAGUCGCUGUCAGUAGGGUCGGCUGACACCAAGGGCACCCUGACAGUCAGUUCAGCGUCUGACUCCAGCAGCGGCGUCCCUUGGUUCUCUCUAUCGCCGAGGUUCGCGCGCAAGGCAUUCGGGAAGCGUUCCAGCGGGGGUCAGAAUCCUAUAGGCAACCCAUCAUCUCAUUCGGAUACCGAGAAGCUGGCCGGUGAUGAGUACGAUGAUGAUUUUGCAUUGGAAGCCGCGGAGGAAUGGGAAGACUGGUACCGGGGCGAGGAUAACAACCCUUACUCGUCAUUGAUCAGCGAUCCUGCCCGCGCAACGCGACUAGAGAGACUGUGGCUAGCCGCGAUGUCAGAUGGGAAGGACCCGUAUAUCAAGAAGCGAUUUGAGUUGAUCAACCAAUAUUUUGACGGAAAAUGUACAGACGAUGAGAUCCUAUUCAGAGCUGAGAUCUCGAGGAGACAGCUACGGGAAGUAUUGCACCAUUAUGAGGAACACGUGGAGACGUUCCUGCAUCCAUCAUAA